CGGGCCGGGACGCGAGGACCGACCCCGCGCGGCGGGGCUGGAAGGAACGCUAGCAAUCCAGCCCCGCACUGCCCGAGGAGGGAGCUGAGGAACAGAGAGGUAGCGCUCUGCCUCAGGUCACACAGCGACAUGUGAGGGAGCAGAGCCUGGUGACGGAUCAACUCAGCCGCCGCCUCAUCCGGACGUACCAGCUCUACAGCCGCACCAGCGGGAAGCACGUGCAGGUCCUGGCCAACAAGCGCAUCAACGCCAUGGCGGAGGACGGCGACCCCUUUGCAAAGCUCAUUGUGGAGACAGACACCUUUGGGAGCCGGGUUCGAGUAAGAGGAGCCGAGACGGGCCUCUACAUCUGCAUGAACAAGAAGGGGAAGCUGAUUGCCAAGAGCAACGGCAAAGGCAAGGAUUGCGUCUUCACGGAGAUCGUGCUGGAGAACAACUACACAGCCCUGCAGAACGCCAAGUACGAGGGCUGGUACAUGGCCUUUACCCGCAAGGGCCGGCCCCGCAAGGGCUCCAAGACGCGACAGCACCAGCGCGAGGUCCACUUCAUGAAGCGGCUUCCGCGCGGCCACCACACCACCGAGCAGAGCCUGCGCUUCGAGUUCCUCAACUACCCGCCCUUCACGCGCAGCCUGCGGGGCAGCCAGAGGACUUGGGCCCCCGAGCCCCGAUAGGCACCUGCCCGGCCCCUCCCCAGCAGGCCGGACCACGGAGGUCUGCAUCCUGUGGGAGUGCAUGAAAGAGAAACUCAAGCAAGAUGGGAUCUGUGCUGCUGAAGGCCGGGGAGGAGCUGGGGGAGCCCUGGGUCCAGUUGUCGAUAUUGUUUGCUGUUAGGUUUUUUGUUUUUGAUUUUUUUUUUAAACAAAAGAGAGUCUCUAUUUUUGUAUUCCA